CUCUCUCUCUCUCUCCCUCUCUCUCUCCCUCUCUCUCUCUCCCUCUCGCCUGUCUUCAUGUCGUGGAUUGAUGAACGCGAAUCGCGUGUAAGCGCCGCCACCGCCGGGAGUCUGAGGAAUUCGCCUGGGCUGUUAAAGGAAAGAGCUAAGUGCGGGAGCGCGAGCUCUACCUACCGACAGUGAAGAGAGCCGCCGCCGCCGCCGCCGCCCGCUUGCCCGCCGCCGCCCGCGCCCAGCCCGGGAGCUGCGCCGCCCCGCCGGCCGCCGGCACCCAGGCGCCCCCCACCUGCCCAGCCCGGCCCGCCGCCCCGGGGAGCCGGCCGGCCUGGGGAUCGCUCCCGGGGGGAGGGCAGUUUCGGGGGUCCCGGGCGGGGGAGUCGGGAGCCAGAGGGGAGGGGGCGGCGGGUUUUCAUGUGCCCAGCAUGAGCUCCUACUUCGUCAACCCCCUGUUCUCCAAGUACAAAGGCGGCGAGUCCCUGGAGCCGGCCUAUUACGACUGCCGCUUCCCGCAGAGCGUGGGCCGGAGCCAUGCGCUGGUGUACGGGCCCGGCGGCUCGGCGCCCGGCUUCCAGCACGCCUCGCACCACGUCCAAGACUUCUUCCACCACGGCACCUCGGGCAUCUCCAACUCGGGCUACCAGCAGAACCCGUGCUCGCUGAGCUGCCACGGAGACGCCUCCAAAUUCUAUGGCUACGAGGCGCUCCCCAGACAGUCCCUUUAUGGGGCUCAGCAAGAGGCGAGCGUGGUGCAAUAUCCCGACUGUAAAUCCUCCGCCAACACUAACAGUAGCGAAGGACAAGGCCACUUAAAUCAAAACUCGUCUCCCAGCCUCAUGUUUCCAUGGAUGAGACCCCACGCUCCGGGGCGGCGCAGCGGAAGGCAAACUUACAGCCGGUAUCAGACCUUGGAACUAGAAAAGGAGUUUCUCUUUAAUCCUUAUUUGACACGAAAGCGUCGGAUUGAAGUCUCUCAUGCCCUGGGACUGACCGAGAGACAAGUGAAGAUCUGGUUCCAGAACCGAAGGAUGAAGUGGAAAAAGGAGAACAACAAGGAUAAACUGCCCGGAGCCCGAGAUGAGGAGAAGGUGGAGGAGGAAGGAAACGAGGAAGAGGAUAAAGAAGAGGAGGAAAAGGAAGAAAACAAGGACUGAGCGAAAAAGAGAGACAUCCCCCCCCCCUCCUUUAGCAACUCCCUUGAAGUUUCAUUUUAUGGUAGCAGAUAAAUUGAGAAGUUUACGACUGUCAUUUGCUUUUAUAGAGAAUAGAAUGACACUCACAACUCUAACUACCUGUCA